AUGAUAAGUGAGUAACUUUAAUCAAUUACAUCAAUAGUUCAUAAUGGUAAAAGUGAAAAUUAUAAAGAAUUCUAUAUAAAAAGUGGGAAUGGGCCUUGGAUUUAAAGAAAUAUUUUUGAGAAUGUGGAAUAUGAUGAAUAUGAGAAUAAACAGAUAUAAAUAUUGUAAUGUAAAUUAGAAGAGAAAGGAAUGAAGAUAAAUUUAAGAAGAAGCAGUCUUUUAAAAAUGUUGAUGGCUGCUUAAUAUGAUGUAGAAAGAGCGAUAAUAGUAUUGUAAUAAAAAUAUUAGAUAAUUAGAAUUGUUAAUUACACAAAUAAUUUUUGAAAGAAUAUAAGAAGAGUGAUUAUUAGAGGGAUUUAGUAAAGGGUUAUUUAUAUGUUUGUGGAUUUGAUAAUCAAUAUAGACCAGUGAUAAUAUUUAGGCAAUAUUGUGAUAUAAAGGUUAUAAGUUAUUUUUUGGAGACAGUUAAGAGAUGUCUUUUAAUAGAUUAUUAUGUUGAGAAUUGGACAAUAAUAAUAGAUUUAGAAUUGGAUUUACCAGUACUUGAAUUAGAGGAUUUAAAAUAUUUAUAAUUAUAAUUUUUUGGGAAUUUGAAUAAAAUAUUGAUAAUAAAUGGACCAGAUGAUGUAUGUGGAAUUUUAAAAUAAUUUACUGGUAAUAAAUAAAUAAGUUAUAUCUUAAUUAGAUAAAUUUCCUGAUCUUACAGUAAAAUUAUAAGUGAUAAAUGAAUAUCAACAAUUAUUUUAGUACAUUCCAAAGGAUCAAUUAGAGAUAAAGUAUGGAGGAGAUUAGGCAAAUGUAAUUCAAUAUUGGUAUAUCAAUGAAUUCAUGAUAGGCCAUUAUAAAAAAGAGAAGCAACAUCUGGAUUAUUAAAUGGAAAUAAUAAUAAAGCAUCUCAUCUUUCGAUAGGAUCCUUAAAUAGCAGUUCUAUAAAUAAGAAAUCGAGCUUUAUGAAAAUAACGGUUUUGGAAGAAAAUGGAAAUCCAUUAUUAAAUUAAUAGAUGGCAGUUUUUGAAGAUAAAGUAUUAUAAUCUUCUGAAUCAUCAAUUUAAGAAUAACCUCCUUUAUAAGAUUAUGAGGAGAAAUAUAAAUCUUAUUUAAGUACAUCUACUAAAAAGAAUUUCAAACAUAAAGAAUUAUUUAUGGAUAUGGAUGAUUAAAAUGAUGAAGAUAUAAAAAAUUAAAGUAAAUAAUAAUAUGAUCAAAAAUAAUUAAAAAAUAGAAGGAUAAGUAUGGAAGGAGAAAAAGAAUCAAUAGUAGCUAAUCCAUCUUGUUGUUCUAAGAAUUGUUUAAUAUUCUGA